AUGGCUACAACCGACACGCCAUUAGACGACUGCUUAGGCCCAUUGGCAACAUUAUACCAACUCGCUGGCGGAUCUAACUGGACUGACAACUCUGGUUGGGAUGGAUGGACAAACCCCGGAGACUGCUGUUACGCUUCCGGCAUCACUUGUAAUAGAGAUUCACGGGUGCUCUUCAUUAAUCUCACUGCGAACAAUUUGGUUGGCCAGCUUCCCGAGGAUGUUUUAAGCUCAAUGACACACUUGUUUGCAUUAAUUGUGACUGGCAACCCUGGACUCACUGGUCUCAUCCCAGAGGACAUUCCUUCCAUUCCAAAGCUGUACAAAUUGGACUUGUCCCAUAACUCUCUCAAUGGCGAGGUGCCAGAUUCCUUUUACAAUUUUACAUCUGCUACUCUGCAAAGUAUCUUCCUCAACAAUAACAGACUGACUGGACCAAUGCCACCCUUGGGAGGUGCUGGCAUAGAGAACAACCUGAUGGCCGACAACACAUCAUGCUCAUUCGCUGGAAAUCAGUUUAGCUGCAUAGAUCCCGGAAACACUUUUGUAUCAUGCCAAUUCGAUAGGAUAACGCCAAUAUGUAAAGCGCCGUCAACUCCAACACCGUGGCAGCCACGGCCCGUCAUCUCACCAGCAGCAACGUCUGAUUCCGGGCUGAAAUCUGCUGUUGGGCUCGGUAUCGGUGCCUCGUUAGCGUUUGUGCUCUUGAUUCUGGCUAUUGGAUUCUUCAUCUCGUAUAGGCGACGUAAUGCAUCUGAUGAUGCGUAUAGGGGAAAGACGGAUAGCGCUAGAGGAUUCAUGGGUGGUUCGUAUGAAGACGGGUCUAGUGUGACUGGCGAUAAAGGUGAUGUGUCGUCGAUCGUCAUGUUGGAAUCGCCGUAUUUGAGACGGUGGUGGGAGCAAACCUUGCUGAUUGAUACAGUCAAGGUGCAGCAGCAACAGCGUAUAAUCCAGGGUCAAACAUAUCGAGCUGCUGUUGAUUUUAGGCCGGCUACUCCUGGAACACCACCACAUCCAGACGAUAUCCGCAUAAGGCCCAACGACCUCCUAGUAAUCGAAUCCGUAUCCCCAGACGGCACCAUAUGCACAGGUUGGAAUCUCAAUAGCAAAAGACGCGGUCGCUUUCCCGCUGGAUGCCUGUGUCCCAGUAUCGCUGAACGAGCAGCGGUACCGGAAUCUAUACAAUCUAGUAGCUCCAUGAUGGACGAGCUUCCUCCACGCCAAAUCACAAUCUCGAUUAGAUCGUCACCCGUAUCACAAUCACCUGGGUUCCAUCGACCAUCAGUGGAUUUGAUUGAUACAGUGUCUUUGUAA